GGUGAGGUUCGCGCCUGCGCUAGCCCUCGCCUCGGAGCAGCCAUGAUGGAAGGCCUGGACGACGGCCCCGACUUCCUCUCCGAGGAGGACCGCGGACUUAAAGCAAUAAAUGUAGAUCUUCAAAGUGAUGCUGCUCUGCAGGUGGACAUUUCUGAUGCUCUUAGUGAGAGGGAUAAAGUAAAAUUUACUGUUCACACAAAGAGUUCAUUGCCAAAUUUUAAACAAAAUGAAUUUUCUGUUGUUCGACAACAUGAGGAAUUCAUCUGGCUUCACGAUUCUUUCAUUGAAAAUGAAGACUAUGCAGGUUAUAUUAUCCCACCGGCACCACCAAGACCUGAUUUUGACGCUUCAAGGGAAAAACUACAGAAGCUUGGAGAAGGGGAAGGGUCAAUGACGAAGGAAGAGUUCACAAAGAUGAAACAGGAACUGGAAGCUGAAUAUUUGGCAAUAUUCAAGAAGACAGUUGCAAUGCAUGAAGUAUUCCUGUGCCGUGUGGCAGCACACCCAAUUUUGAGAAAAGAUUUAAAUUUCCAUGUCUUCUUGGAAUAUAAUCAAGAUUUGAGUGUGCGAGGAAAAAAUAAAAAAGAAAAACUUGAAGAUUUCUUUAAAAACAUGGUUAAAUCAGCAGAUGGAGUAAUUGUUUCAGGAGUAAAGGAUGUAGAUGAUUUCUUUGAGCAUGAACGAACGUUUCUUUUAGAAUACCAUAACCGAGUUAAGGAUGCAUCUGCUAAAUCUGAUAGGAUGACACGAUCACACAAAAGUGCUGCAGAUGAUUACAAUAAGAUUGGUUCUUCAUUAUACGCUUUAGGAACUCAGGAUUCUACAGAUAUAUGCAAGUUUUUUCUCAAAGUUUCAGAACUGUUUGAUAAAACCAGAAAAAUAGAAGCUCGAGUGUCUGCUGAUGAAGACCUCAAACUUUCUGACCUUUUAAAAUAUUACUUAAGAGAAUCUCAAGCUGCUAAGGAUCUCCUUUAUAGAAGAUCUAGGUCACUAGUGGAUUAUGAAAAUGCUAAUAAAGCACUUGAUAAAGCAAGAGCAAAAAAUAAAGAUGUUCUGCAGGCUGAAACUUCCCAACAAUUAUGUUGUCAGAAAUUUGAAAAAAUAUCUGAAUCUGCAAAACAAGAACUUAUAGAUUUCAAGACAAGAAGAGUUGCUGCAUUCAGAAAAAAUUUAGUGGAACUGGCAGAGUUAGAACUGAAGCAUGCCAAGGGUAACCUACAGUUACUGCAGAACUGCCUGGCAGUGUUAAAUGGAGACACAUAAACCACACUGCAUCGUCCUGUUUAAAAGGGCUGCCUUCCUUCAAAUUUUAUUUUUGUUUUCUUAAUGAUGUUAGGCAUAUACUGCUCACUGGAAACAAAGAGAGACAGCUGACCAAUGCAUAUACUCUCCUUUUUUCUGAUAAACAGUGGAGAGGUGCCGUCCACAGGUGGUUCCAGUCUGUGUGGUGUAGUGUUGCACUCCUGCACCAUGUGCUCCCCAGGACAGCUGUCAAUCAUUGUGCACUCUUCCUAUUCAAAAGCCCAAAGUUCAGUCUUUUCUAAAGUAGCCUCUAUAACUGUGUUUAUUUUAUAAAUAGUAUUCUUUAUGGCUGCCAAUCUUAUUUGCCUUUAAGUAAUUUCUAAAGUUUAACCCUUUCAAAGUACAUUGUUCAAAAGAGAUGAAGAUUGCCAUUCCCCUUUUUUUUUUAAUUUUGUUAUAAAAUAAAGUUGUAUACUACCUUAGUUCAUUCAUGUAUCCUGGUAAAGAAUCUUAAUCAGACAUUUUUAAUUAAUGAGCAUUUCUUAGAAGUUUGGGGAUAGACUUUAAUCUUUUUAAGUCUGAUUUCUGAAGAGAAGCAAAGGCAUUAGUAUGUUUGCCUUAAACUUGUAGACUAAACCAAUUAUUGUAUAAUAAAGUGAUAACAGUGAUAGCUUUUAACUUUGGUCAUUGUAUCACUCUGAAAUUUGGAGUUGCUGUAAUAAAGCUACUCCUAUAUUAUGCUUUACAGUGCAGGUCUUAGUUUUUCUUUUUUUCUUAUUUCUUUUAAAAUGGCAUAUUGAACCAAGUUUGAAAGAAUGAACUGCUCCUGUGUGCUUUUAGCACUUCAUAAAAGGUGGAAUUGGGCAGAGGCAAAUUAGAGACAGCUAUUUCUGAAAUUCAGGAGCAGAGAAUAGAGCCUUCUAUAACUUCCUAAAUUCUGUCCCUAACUCGGGCAAUUACUUGUGUGGUAUAUAUCAUCUAGCCAUUUGGUAAUUAUCUUGCCAGUGUAUAGAUUGGUAUGUAGAGGAAAAAGAGGUAGGCUGUAGGGCACAGCACUUCUCUAUGAGAUGUAUAGGUGAGAUGUAUAGACCUAGCUUGGAAAGGCUUAUGCAAUUGGAAAACAAUUAGAAUAUUGGGGUAAAGGUUGCUGUAUAAAGAGGAAACUAAUUAUCAUUAGUUACAAUUACAAAUAUUAUUGGCCUUUCUAAUGUGAAUGAACAUUAAUGAUGUUAUUCGUAGUUUAAAGUUAGAUUGAGUGGUUGGAUUUUCCCACUGUCUUUUUCUCACUUUUCUCCCAUUAGGAAACCACAGGCUUUUGGGUUGGUCAGCCCUUGGGUGGUUCCUAGAUUGUUUACAUUUUACCAAGCCAUUCCUGAGGAUUGCCUGGUCUGGGUCUCAUCGCCAGUCACAAUGAUUCGAGCCUUUCUCAGCAGCAUGUUCUCUUGCUUCACUGAAUACACUGGUUAAUGUUUUGUCUCUUUAACUGGUUUGUUUCCUGAUGCCGUUUGAACUGUUGAUUUUUCUCUUGUUGGCCGAGAGAUCUGUUUUUGUCCUCUGUGUAACCUUCACUAAUAAAAAUAUGCCUGUGCGAUGCCUGCCAGUGGGUGAUCUUGCCCUCUUAGCCUUGGGCAGGUUCAGGCAGGUUAAUUUGACCUCUGCAAUUUCUCUACUAUAAAGGACAUACUGACCUACCUCACAGGGGUGUUGUGAGGAUUAAUAAAGUUGGUACAGUGCUUUGAAAAUGUUAAAA